AUGUGCUCGCUGAGGCAGCAGUCGCCUCGGGUUCAAAGACCUGAGACCUCCCCGCGGCCUCGACAAGCCUCGCCGCGCCCCGUCGCUACGCCCCAGCGCUCCGACAGGCAGAGCUUCUGCCGGGCACCUGUCACAGCGCGCGAGCGGCCCAAAGAAAGGCAGCCUUCUCCCCGUCCAGUCGGGGCCGUGACGGCCCGGGAGGACCGGCAGAGCCUCGUUCGAGAACGCCCCACUUGCCGAGAUCGGAGUGCAUCCCGCCAGAUCCCCAGCCCAAGCCCCAAGAGCGAACAGCUCACCAGAUCGCAAUCUGCGCGCCGGUCCCUGGACUCUCGCAGCCCAAAGACCGAUCCCCUGAACCGCAGCAUGUCCCGCGGCGCCUCCCAGCGCAGCGGGACGCACCUGGGCUUGAGGGGACUGGUGAGUUCGAAAAGUGCUUCCACGUUGGCCCGUGCGCCGGCAGCGACAGGUCCACCGAAUCCCACGGCCGAGCUACCGUCGGUGGAGGAGCUGAAGAGGAUGAUCGAAGAGACCAAGAAGGAGGUGCGCGAGAUUCGUUCCGUGGAGUCCAAAGCCAAGUGGCAGAUGACACGUGAGGAGCGCCGUGAGAAGUUGGCGGAGACCGUCGCCGCCCAAAGUGAGCUGCGUGAGUGGCGAUGGAAGCAG